AUGGCAGCCUCUGCCCUGAAGAAACCCAACGAGAAAGCUGCUCGCUUCAUCAAGCCUGGGUGCUCUCCAAAUCCAGCCAGAGCACCAGUAAGCCAGAAAAAGUACGCCUUAAUCAGUGCCAAAUUUAAAGGUCCAGGACCUGGGAAGUAUAACCGAUGGCCUUGUACUGGUAUUAAGAACCACGACUCCACCAAGUAUGCUGAACCAGCUUAUACCAUGCGGGUGAAGUCCAGCCCGAAAACCAUCAUGGUUCUGGAGAGCCCCGGACCUUGUUACUAUGUGGAUCCUAGUAUUUCCCGCUUAGGGAUAUGGAGGCCGGUCUCCUUCUUCAUACGACAGCGAGGAAAGAGCACAAAUGUAGUGAUAACUCCUUCCCCGAAUGAGUAUCACGUGGAGAAACUGCACCCUAUUGACGAAGCGAAUGCUCCCUCGUAUACCAUCGGUGCGAGAACGCCCUACUGGCUGAACAGCCCAAAUCCGGCUCCCAACAAAUAUGCAAUGCCUGAGACGCUGGGCCCCAAGGUGCCCAAUAAAAGGGCAUACCCCUGCCCGUCGAUCUCUUCCAUCGCUCCCGGGCGAGAUUAUGUGGUGAGAAAAGGGCCUGGCCCAGCCGCCUACACUGUUCCAGAGCCAGACGUUUACUUGCGACAUCAACCAUCCUAUACAAUGUCUCAAAGGUUGAUUCCUUCCUGCAAGGAACAUACGCCGGGGCCUCUGGACUAUUGCGCGGAACGGGUCACCCUCCACAAGCCCAGAGCCCCAUGCUUCAGCCUGGGUGUUCGCCACUCCGAAUAUUCCCAUGGCACGCCUACGGUUUGCCUCAUCCAAGAGUGA